GGAGGCGAAGCAGGAGGGAAGUGCGGGCAACCGCCCGAUGAGAUGAGAGUCGUCCAAGGUCCUUCCGGACCAAGCUCGGACUUUGCGGCUUGGCAACAACGGCGAGAUCCCUGCCUCCACGACCUCGAUAAGCGAGCUUGAGCUACGACCGGUGCACGAGUUGAACUCCGUCCUGGAGGCCCUCGAGGCCGGAUCAGCUGUUCUACGGGGACGCGACAUCGCUUUCGAGCCACUCGAGAGCGCAGAUACCGGACAGAUGCUGCACCGACGUCAAGCCCUAGAAGUAUAUGAUACAGGAGUUCCUUUCUGUCCCAUAGAGCCGGAGACCGUCGAGCUCCGUUCGCUCGAGGAUGCUGUCUUACAUGCUGCCGACGGAGGAGAAGCCCCCGGCGGGCAAUCACCAGGGCUUCCGGAGCAGCGGCGUGGCCAUUGGCGGCGUCGGCGGCAGCGGUGGAGGCACCAACACCAGCAGCAGCAGCAGCAGCAGUGGGGCCGGCGGUGGCGGGGGCCUGGCCGCCAGGUACCAGAGCGGUGGCCUGGCUCGCGCGGGCCAUCCGGCUGAGCAGCACCGCGUACCGAGGUCAACGAGCGGCGGCAUCUUCGCGAGGCGCGAGUCCGAGAUCGGGCCCCUCCCGGCUAGACCUGGCUCCGCUGCCCCGCUCCUGCCUCCCUCCGACCACAGCCCCAAGCACAACGGCACCGCCAUUCGCAAGUCUACCCUUCAUACGGCCAAGGUCGUUAAGGACGACAGCCUCUACAGUAUCGACAGUGACGCUAGCGGUGCCGGCAGCGAUCGUCGGGGUCGCAUGCUCAACGGGCCCAAGCACGCCAAUCUCAAAAGAGUGUCGUUUGGCUCGAGCAAGGGCUCCAUGGUCGAGACGCUGGUUUACGAGACGCCCGUUCAGGAGGAGCCGGAGAACAAUCAUUUCGUGGAGCAGAAUGGCCGUGUGCCGUGUCCGUUGUCGUCAGUCCCCGAUACCGAGUAA